GUGUGCUGGCCAUAACUAACCUCGGCACUAGAGCGAGCCCCAAUCUGUUCCUCGCGGUGUCGCUAGGUCAUCCUGGACACUCGCUGGUCUCCUGGAAAGGAGUUGGCUGCUGUAGCUGCUGGGAGAUCUCUGACCCUUGGCGGGGCGUCGUAGCCCGGACCCCGCGGACUGGGAUUCCGGCUGCCAGGGAAAGUCGGGUCGAGUUUCUGCGCGGGAGAAAAGAGCGCCGGCGCGAGCGGGCGUGGCUGCGAGCGGAGGGAUAUAUCCCGCGCCGGGUGCGUGAGGCGCCGGGUGCGUGAGACGCCGGGGCUGCACCGGCCGGGCUUGGAGUGGGGCUCGCAGGUGGCGGGGCGCUGCCUCAGAGCGGGGCGCAAGGAAAGCGAGGGCGGGCCGCAGAUACCAUGCGGCCCUGCGGAGCCAGUGAGGCCCCGGACCGACCCGGACCCCGCUCGGGGGCGCGCUGAGGCGGCGAGGUGCGCGCCCCCGAGAGCGCCGCCGCCGCUUCGGGCUAACUUUGCUGUUCCUGGGAGUUAAGCGAUGGGGAGGCAUUUGGCCUCGCUUCUGCUUUUGCUCCUCCUCCAGCAUUUUGGAGACAGUGAUGGAAGCCAAGCACUUGAACAAACUCCUGUACAGUUCACACAUUUACAGUACAAUGUCACAGUGCAUGAAAAUUCUGCAGCGAAGACCUAUGUUGGGCAUCCCGUAAAGAUGGGUAUUUACAUUACAAAUCCAUUGUGGGAGUUAAGGUACAAAAUUGUCUCAGGAGACAAUGAAAACCUAUUCAAAGCUGAAGAGUACAUUCUUGGAGACUUUUGCUUUCUGAGAAUAAGGACCAAAGGAGGAAAUACAGCUAUUCUUAAUAGAGAAGUGAAAGACCAUUACACGUUGAUAGUCAAAGCAGUUGAAAAAAAUACUAAUAUGGAAGCACGAACAAAGGUCAGGGUACAAGUGCUGGAUACAAAUGACUUGAGGCCAUUAUUCUCACCCACCUCGUACAGUGUUUCUUUACCUGAAAACACAGCCCUGAGGACCAGUAUUGCAAGAGUCAGUGCCACGGAUGCAGACAUAGGCACCAAUGGAGAAUUUUACUACAGUUUUAAAGACCGAACAGACAUGUUUGCUAUCCACCCCACCAGUGGCACCAUAGUUUUAACUGGUAGACUUGACUACACAGAGACCAAGUUCUACGAGAUGGAAAUUCUUGCUGUGGACCGUGGCAUGAAAUUGUACGGGAGCAGUGGUAUGAGCAGCAUGGCUAAGCUGACAGUUCACGUAGAGCAGGCCAACGAGUGUGCUCCUGUGAUAACAGCAGUGACGUUAUCACCUUCGGAAUUGGAGAAGGACCCAACGUAUGCCAUCAUAACCGUGGAUGACUGCGAUCAGGGUGCCAAUGGGGAAGUCGCUUCUUUAAGCAUUGUGGCAGGAGACCUCCUUCAGCAGUUUAGAACAGUGAGGACCUCUCCAGGGAGCAAAGAGUAUAAACUCAAAGCAGUCGGUGACAUUGAUUGGGACAGUCAUCCUUUCGGCUACAACCUGACACUACAGGCGAAAGAUAAAGGAAGUCCUCCCCAGUUCUCUUCUGUAAAAGUAAUUCAGGUGACUUCACCACGGUUCAAAGCUGGGCCAGUCAAGUUUGAAAAGGAGGUUUACAGAGCAGAAAUAAGUGAAUUUGCUCCUCCCAGCACACCCGUGGUCAUGGUGAAAGCCACACCUAGCUAUUCUCAUUUGAAGUAUGUUUUUAAAAGUACACCUGGAAAAGCUAAAUUCAGUUUAAAUCACAACACUGGUCUCAUUUCCAUUUUAGAACCAAUUAAAAGACAGCAAGCCUCCCAUUUUGAACUUGAAGUAACAACAAGUGACAGAAAAGCCUCGACCAGAGUCUUGGUUAAAGUCUUGAGUGCAAAUAGCCAUCCCCCUGAAUUUACCCAGACAGCCUACAAAGCAUCUUUUGACGAGAACGUGCCCAUUGGUACUACGGUGAUGAGUGUGAGUGCUAUAGACCCUGAUGAGGGUGAGAACGGGUAUGUGACUUACAGCAUUGCAAAUUUGAAUCACGUGCCGUUUGUGAUUAACCAUUUCACCGGUGCUGUGAGUACUUCAGAGAACUUGGACUAUGAGCUGAUGCCACGGGUUUAUACUCUAAGGAUUCGGGCAUCAGACUGGGGCUUGCCAUACCGCCGGGAGGUUGAAAUCCUUGCUACCCUCACUCUCAAUAACUUGAAUGACAACACACCCCUGUUUGAGAAGAUAAACUGUGAAGGAACAAUUCCCAGGGACCUAGGUGUAGGGGAGCAGAUAACCACUGUUUCUGCCAUUGACGCGGAUGAACUGCAGUUGGUGCGGUAUCAGACUGAAGCUGGGAAUGAACUGGAUUUGUUCAGCUUAAACCCCAGCUCCGGGGUAUUGUCAUUAAAGCAGUCGCUCAUGAAUGGUUUAGGAGCAAAGGUGUCAUUUCACAGUCUGAGAAUUACAGCUACAGAUGGAGAGAAUUUUGCCACACCAUUAUAUAUCAACAUAACUGUGGCUGCCCUUCGCAAGCCAGUAAACUUGCACUGCGAGGAGACUGGUGUGGCCAGGAUGCUGGCAGAGAAACUCCUGCAGGCCAAUAAGUUACACAGUCAGGGAGAGGUUGAGGAUGUCUUCUUUGAUUCUCACUCUGUCAAUGCUCACACACCACAGUUUAGAAGUACUCUUCCAGCUGGUAUUGAGGUGAAGGAAAAUCAUCCUGUGGGUUGCAGCAUAAUUUUCAUGAAUGCUACUGACCUGGACACUGGCUUCAACGGAAAACUGGUCUAUGCUAUUUCUGGAGGAAAUGAGGAUAGUUGCUUCAUUAUUGACAUGGAAACAGGAAUGCUCAAAAUUUUAUCUCCGCUUGACCGUGAAACAACAGACAGAUAUACCCUGAAUGUUACGGUGUCUGACCUUGGUCUGCCACAGAAGGCUGCUUGGCGUCUUCUGGAGAUCAGAGUUCUGGAUGCCAAUGAUAACCCACCUGAGUUUUUACAGGAGAACUAUUUCGUUGAAGUGAGUGAAGACAAAGAGAUAAAUAGUGAAAUCAUCCAGGUUGAAGCCACAGAUAAAGAUCUGGGGCCCAAUGGACAUGUGACAUACUCUAUUCUUACAGACACAGAUAAAUUUUCAAUUGACAGCACGACUGGAGUGGUUAAAAUCGUGAACCCCUUGGAUCGUGAAGAACAGCACGUGCAUUACGUAAAGAUUGAAGCCAGGGAUCAAGCCAGAGAAGAACCGCAGCUGCUUUCCAUGGUGCUUCUGAAGGUAUCAUUAGAGGAUGUUAAUGACAACCCACCCAAGUUUAUUCCCCCUAAUUACCGUGUGAAAGUUCGAGAGGACCUUCCAGAAGGAACCAUAAUCAUGUGGUUAGAGACCUAUGAUCCUGAUUUAAGUCAGUCUAGUCAGGUGAGAUACAGUCUUAUGGACCACGGAGAAGGAAACUUUGAUGUGGAUAAGCUCAGUGGAGCAGUUAGAAUCGUACAGCAGUUGGACUUUGAGAAGAAGCAAGUGUAUAAUCUCACUGUGAGGGCCAAAGACAAAGGGAAGCCCAUUUCUCUGUCUUCCACUUGCUACAUUGAAGUUGAAGUCAUCGAUGUGAAUGAGAACUUACACCCACCGGUGUUUCCUAGCUUUGUGGAAAAGGGUGUAGUGAAAGAAAAUGUCCCUGUCGGUUCAUCAGUGAUGAAGGUAUCAGCUCAUGAUGAGGACACAGGAAGAGAUGGGGAGACCCACUAUUCCAUUCGAGAUGGUUCUGGUGUUGGUGUUUUCAAAAUAGAUGAAGAAACAGGUGUUAUAGAGACUUCAGGUCGACUGGACCGCGAGUCCACCUCCCAUUACUGGCUAACAGUCUACGCGUCUGAUCAGGGCGUCGUGCCCCUUUCCUCCUUUGUAGAGGUCUAUAUAGAGCUGGAGGAUGUGAACGACAAUGCACCGCAGACUUCAGAGCCUGUUUAUUAUCCGGAAAUAAUGGAAAACUCUCCCAAGGAUGUGUCUGUGGUCCAGAUUGAGGCAUUUGAUCCAGAUUCUAGCUCCGAUGACAAGCUGACAUACAAAAUUACAAGUGGAAAUCCACAAGGAUUUUUUUCAAUAAAUCCUAAGACAGGUCUCAUCACGACUACAUCCAGGAAACUAGACCGCGAGCAGCAAGGUGAACACAUAUUAGAAGUUACAGUGACAGACAAUGGUAGUCCCCCCAAGUCAACCAUUGCAAGAGUAAUUGUGAAGAUCCUUGACGAAAAUGACAACAAGCCUCAGUUCCUGCAGAAGUUCUACAAAAUCAAACUCCCAGAGCGGGAAAAACCAGAACGAGAAAGAAACACCAAGCGUGAGCCUUUAUAUCGUGUUAUAGCUACAGACAGAGAUGAAGGUCCCAAUGCAGAAAUCUCCUAUAGCAUUGAAGAGGGAAAUGAACAUGGCAAAUUUUUUAUUGAGCCAAAAACUGGAGUGGUUUUGUCCAAGAAGUUUUCUGGAGCUGGAGAAUAUGAUAUUCUUUCAAUUAAGGCAGUUGAUAAUGGUCGCCCCCAAAAGUCAUCAACCACUCGACUCCAUAUUGAAUGGAUCUCCAAACCCAAACCGUCCCCGGAGCCAAUUUCAUUUGAAGAAUCAUUUUUUACCUUUACUGUAAUGGAAAGCGAUCCAGUUGCUCACAUGAUUGGAGUAAUAGCUGUUGAGCCUCCAGGCAUACCUCUUUGGUUUGACAUCAUUGGAGACACAUUUGCUAGAGAAGUGUUUUACAUCUUUCAGAUGACUUGUGACCUGAACUGUACAGCAGAAGGUGGCAACUAUGAUAGUCACUUUGAUGUGGACAAGGGCACUGGAACCAUCAUUAUUGCCAAACCUCUUGAUGCAGAACAAAAAUCAAACUACAAUCUCACAGUCGAGGCUACAGAUGGAACCACCACUAUACUGACUCAGGUAUUCAUCAAAGUAAUAGACACAAAUGACCAUCGUCCUCAGUUUUCUACAUCAAAAUAUGAAGUUGUUAUUCCUGAAGACACAGCACCAGAAACAGAAAUUUUGCAAAUCAGUGCUGUGGAUAAAGAUGAAAAAAACAAACUAAUCUACACUCUGCAGAGCAGUAUCGAUCCAUUGAGUCUCAAGAAAUUUCGCCUUGAUCCUGCAACUGGCUCUCUCUAUACAGCAGAAAAACUUGAUCAUGAAGCCAUUCAGCAGCAUGUUCUCACAGUCAUGGUACGAGAUCAAGAUGUCCCUGUAAAGCGCAACUUUGCACGGAUUGUUGUUAAUGUCAGUGACACCAAUGACCACGCCCCCUGGUUCACGAGCUCCUCCUACAAAGGGCGGGUUUAUGAAUCAGCAGCUGUCGGCUCAGUUGUGUUGCAGGUUACAGCUCUGGACAAGGACAAAGGGAAAAAUGCUGAAGUGCUGUACUCUAUCGAAUCAGGAAACAUUGGAAAUUCUUUUACAAUUGAUCCCAUCUUGGGCUCUAUAAAAACUGCCAAAGAAUUAGAUCGAAGUAACCAAGUGGAAUAUGACUUAAUGGUAAAAGCUAUAGAUAAAGGCAACCCACCAAUGAGUGAAAUCACUUCUGUGUGUAUCUUUGUCACCAUCGCUGACAACGCCUCUCCCAAGUUUACAUCAAAAGAGUAUUCUGUUGAAAUUAGUGAAACUGUCAGCAUUGGGAGUUUCGUCGGAAUGGUUACAGCUCAUAGUCAGUCAUCAGUGGUAUAUGAAAUAAAAGAUGGAAAUACAGCUGAUGCCUUUGAUAUUAAUCCACAUUCUGGAAGUAUCAUCACUCAGAAAGCUUUGGAUUUUGAAACUUUGCCCAUUUAUACAUUGACAAUACAAGGAACUAACAUGGCUGGUUUGUCUACGAAUACAACCGUUCUAGUGCAUCUGCAGGAUGAAAAUGACAACUUGCCAGUUUUUACGCAGGCAGAAUAUACGGGGCUCAUUAGCGAAUCAGCUUCAAUUCACAGUGUGGUCCUAACAGACAGGAAUGUCCCAUUAGUUAUUCGAGCCACUGAUGCUGAUAAAGAAUCAAAUGCUUUGCUUGUUUAUCACAUUGUUGAACCAGCUAUACACAAAUAUUUUACUGUUGAUUCCAGCACUGGUGCUAUUCAUACAGUACUAAGUUUGGACUAUGAACAAACAAGUACUUUUCACUUCACUGUACAAGUUCAUGACAUGGGAACACCGUGUUUAUUUGCUGAAUAUGCAGCCAACGUGACUAUCCAUGUUAUUGACAUUAAUGACUGCCCUCCUGUGUUCUCCACAUCAUUGUAUGAAGCAUCUCUUUUGUUGCCAACAUACAAAGGAGUCAAGGUCAUUACAGUAAAUGCUACAGAUGCUGAUUCAAGCGCAUUGUCACAGUUAAUGUACUCCAUCACCGAAGGCAACAUCGGGGAGAAGUUCUUAAUGGACCACAAGACUGGUACUAUAACUGUACAAAACACAACUCAGUUGAGGAGCCGCUAUGAGUUAACUGUCAGGGCCUCUGAUGGCAGAUUUGCAAGCUUAACCUCUGUGAAAAUUAACGUGAAAGAAAGCAAAGAAAGUCAGCUGAAGUUUACCCAAGAUUUCUACUCUGCGGUAGUGAAAGAGAAUUCUACUGAAGCCAGAAGGUUAGCUGUCAUAACUGCUAUCGGGAAUCCAAUCAAUGAACCCCUGUUUUAUCACAUCCUCAACCCAGAUUGCAGAUUCAAAAUCAGCCGCACGUCAGGAGUUCUGUCGACCGCUGGCAUACCGUUUGAUCGUGAACAGCAGGAGACCUUUGAUGUGGUAGUGGAAGUGACACAAGAACGCAGGCCUUCAGCGGUGGCCCGUGUCAUUGUAAAGGUCAUCGUCGAAGACCAGAAUGAUAAUGCACCGGUGUUUGUCAACCUGCCUUACUACGCCGUCGUUAAAGUGGAUACCGCCGUGGGCCAUGUUAUUCGCUACGUGACAGCCAUCGACAGAGACGGCGGCAGGAACGGGGAAGUGCACUACUACCUCAAGGAACACCACGAACACUUCCAAAUUGGAGCCUCAGGGGAAAUUUUACUGAAAAAACAGUUUGAACCUGACACCUUAAAUAAAGAAUAUCUUGUCACAGUGGUUGCAAAAGAUGGAGGAAACCCAGCUUUUUCGGCUGAAGUCAUGGUUCCCAUCACCGUUAUGAACAAAGCCAUGCCUGUGUUUGAAAAGCCUUUCUACAGUGCCGAGAUUCCAGAGAACGUCCAGAUGCACAGCCCCGUUGUCCACGUACAAGCCAACAGUCCAGAGGGCUUGAAAGUGUUCUAUAGCAUCACAGAUGGUGAUCCUUUCAGCCAGUUUACUAUUAACUUCAACACCGGAGUUAUCAAUGUCAUAGCGCCUCUGGACUUUGAGUCCCACCCAGCAUAUAAACUGAGCAUCCGAGCGACUGACUCCUUGACCGGUGCUCACGCUGAGGUCUUUGUGGACGUAAUCGUGGAAGACGUCAAUGACAACCCUCCCGUGUUUGCCCAGCAGUCCUAUGCCACCACCCUGUCCGAGGCAUCUGUAAUUGGCACAUCCGUGGUUCAAGUCAGAGCAACAGAUUCUGACUCAGAACCAAACAGAGGGAUUUCAUACCAUAUGUUUGGGAAUCAUAGCAAGAGUCAUGAUCAUUUUCACAUAGACAGCAGCACUGGCCUCGUUUCCCUGGUUAGGACUUUGGAUUUUGAGCAGUUCCAGCAGCACAAGAUUUUUGUAAGGGCUGUUGAUGGCGGCAUGCCUCCUCUGAGCAGCGAUGUGGUUGUCACAGUGGAUGUCACCGACCUCAACGAUCACCCACCACUAUUUGACCAACAGAUUUAUGAAGCCAGAAUUAGCGAGCACGCUGCCCAUGGGCAUUUUGUGACCUGUGUAAAAGCCUAUGAUGCGGACAGUUCAGACAUAGACAAGUUGGAAUAUUCCAUUCUGUCUGGCAACGAUCAUAAGAAUUUUGUCAUUGACAGCAGGACAGGGAUCAUCACGCUCUCAAACCUGCGCCGGCACGCCCUGAAGCCAUCGUACACCCUUCAGGUUUCUGUGUCUGACGGAGUUUUUAGGAGUUCAGCUCAGGUUCAUGUGAGUGUGAUUGGAGGCAAUUUGCACAGUCCCAUUUUUCUUCAGAACGAAUAUGAAGUGGAGCUUGCUGAAAAUGCUCCCUUGCACACGCUGGUGACCGAGGUUAAAGCAACUGAUGGGGAUUCGGGUAUUUACGGUCACGUUACCUACCAUAUUGUAAAUGACUUUGCCAAAGACAGGUUUUACACAAAUGAGAGAGGACAGAUCUUUACUUUGGAAAAACUUGAUCGAGAAACCCCAGUUGAAAAAGUAAUCCCAGUUCGUUUCAUGGCCAAGGACACUGGUGGAAAAGUUGCUUUCUGCACCAUUAAUGUCAUCCUUACAGAUGACAACGAUAAUGCACCACAGUUUCGAGCAACCAAGUUUGAGGUGAAUAUUGGAUCCAAUGCUCCCAAAGGGACGUCGGUCAUCAAAGUCCUUGCCAGUGAUGCGGAUGAGGGAUCCAAUGCCGACAUCACCUAUGCCAUCGAAGCAGAUUCUGAAGGCGUUAAAGAGAAUUUGGAAAUUAACAGACUGUCUGGCAUAAUAACUACAAAAGAAAGCUUAAUUGGCUUAGAAAACGAGGUCUUCACUUUCUUUGUCAGAGCUGUGGAUAAUGGGUCUCCACCCAAAGAAUCUGUUGUUCCCGUCUAUGUUAAAGUACUUCCACCAGAAAUGCGGCUUCCAAGAUUUUCAGAACCAUUUUACACCUAUACAGUUUCGGAAGACGUUCCUAUUGGAACAGAAAUAGAUCUCAUUCGAGCAGAGCAUAGCGAGACUGUCCUUUACAGCCUAGUCAAAGGGAAUACUCCAGAGAGCAACAGAGAUGAGUUCUUUGUGAUCGACAGACAGAGUGGGAGACUGAAACUGGAGAAGGGUCUGGACCAUGAGACAACUAAGUGGUACCAGUUUUCCGUACUUGCCAGGUGCACUCACGAUGACUAUGAGGUGGUGGCUUCUGUAGAUGUUAGUAUCCAAGUGAAAGAUGCAAAUGAUAACAGCCCUGUCUUGGAGUCUAGUCCAUAUGAGGCAUUUACUGUUGAAAACCUGCCAGGGGGAAGCAGAGUCAUCCAGAUCAGGGCGUCUGAUCUAGAUUCAGGAACCAAUGGCCAAGUUAUGUAUAGUCUAGAUCAGUCACAAAGUGUAGAAGUCAUCGAAUCUUUCACCAUUAACAUGGAAACAGGAUGGAUUACAACCCUAAAGGAACUUGACCACGAAGAGAGAGACAGUUACCAGAUUAAGGUGGUUGCAUCAGAUCAUGGUGAAAAGGUUCAGCUCUCCUCCACAGCCAUUGUGGAUGUUACUGUCACCGAUGUCAACGAUAGUCCCCCACGGUUCACAGCAGAGAUUUAUAAAGGGACUGUGAGUGAAGAUGAUCCACCAGGGGGCGUAAUUGCCAUCCUGAGUACCACGGAUGCUGAUUCUGAAGAGAUCAACAGACAAGUUACAUAUUACAUAACAGGAGGGGAUCCUUUGGGGCAGUUUGCUAUUGAAAAUAUACAGAAUGAAUGGAAGGUCUAUGUGAAGAAACCUCUAGAUAGGGAAAAAAGGGACAAUUAUCUUCUGACUAUCACAGCAACUGAUGGGACCUUCUCAUCAAAAGCUAUAGUUGAAGUCAAAGUCCUUGAUGCAAAUGACAACAGUCCCAUUUGUGAAAAGACUUUAUAUUCCGACAUGAUUCCAGAAGAUGCCUUUCCUGGGAAAUUGAUCAUGCAGGUCUCUGCUACAGAUGCAGAUAUCCGUUCCAAUGCCGAAAUUACUUACACAUUAUUUGGUCCAGGUGCAGAAAAAUUCAAACUAAAUCCAGACACAGGUGAACUGAAAACAUUAGCCCCCCUUGACCGCGAGGACCAGGCAACCUAUAAUCUUCUGGUCAAGGCCACGGAUGGAGGGGGAAGAUUCUGUCAAGCUGAUAUUGUGCUCACGUUAGAGGAUGUGAAUGAUAAUGCCCCCGAAUUCUCUGCUGAUCCUUACACCAUCACCGUGUUUGAAAACACAGAGCCUGGCACGCUCCUGACAAGGGUACAGGCCACGGAUGUGGAUGCAGGACUGAAUCGGAAGGUAUCCUACUCACUGAUUAACUCUGCUGAUGGACAGUUCUCCAUUAAUGAAUUAUCUGGAAUCAUUCAGUUAGAAAAGCCUUUGGAUAGAGAACUACAGGCAGUAUACACUCUAACUUUGAAAGCUGUAGAUCAUGGUUUGCCAAGAAGGUUGACAGCUACCGGCACUGUUGUUGUAUCCGUUUUGGAUAUAAAUGACAACCCACCCGUGUUUGAAUACCGUGAAUAUGGUGCCACAGUGUCUGAGGAUGUUCUCAUUGGAACAGAAGUUCUUCAAGUGUAUGCAGCAAGUAGGGACAUUGAAGCAAAUGCAGAAAUCACCUACUCGAUAAUAAGUGGAAACGAACAUGGGAAAUUCAGCAUAGAUUCUAAAACAGGGGCCAUAUUUAUCAUUGAGAAUCUGGACUAUGAAAGCUCUCAUGAGUAUUACCUGACGGUAGAAGCCACUGAUGGGGGCACACCUUCACUGAGUGAUGUUGCAACUGUGAACAUCAAUGUAACAGACAUCAAUGACAAUACCCCAGUGUUCAGCCAAGACACCUACACGGCAGUGAUCAGUGAAGAUGCUGUUCUUGAACAGUCUGUCAUUACAGUUAUGGCAGAUGAUGCCGAUGGACCUUCAAACAGCCACAUCCACUAUUCAAUUAUAGACGGCAAUCAGGGAAGUCCAUUUACAAUCGACCCUGCCAGGGGAGAAGUGAAAGUGACCAAACUUCUAGACCGGGAAACAAUUUCGGGUUACACGCUCACCGUGCAGGCCUCGGACAACGGCAGUCCACCCAGAGUCACCACGACCACUGUGAACAUAGACGUGUCUGAUGUCAAUGACAACGCUCCCAUCUUCUCCAGGGGAAACUACAGCCUGAUCAUCCAGGAAAAUAAGCCCGUGGGGUUCAGCGUGCUGCAGCUGGCAGUGACGGACAGGGACUCCUCCCACAAUGGCCCUCCCUUCUUCUUCAGCAUUGUGAGUGGAAACAAGGAGGGGGCAUUUGAAGUCAACCAGCAGGGAGCCCUCCUGACGGCAGCUGCCAUAAAUAGGAAAGUGAACGACCAUUACUUACUGCACAUUAAGGUGGCAGAUAACGGAAAGCCUCAGUUGUCAUCUUUGACAUACAUUGACAUUAGAGUCAUUGAAGAGAGCAUCUAUCCUCCUGCAAUUUUGCCACUAGAGAUUUUCAUUACUGCUUUUGGAGAGGAGUACUCAGGUGGUGUCAUUGGGAAGAUCCACGCGACGGACCAAGACGUGUAUGACACGUUAACCUACAGCCUCGAUCCCCAAAUGGGCAGCCUCUUCUCUGUCUCCAGCACGGGGGGCAAGCUGAUAGCCCACAAGAAGCUGGACGUAGGGCAGUACCUCCUCAACGUCAGCGUAACGGAUGGGAAAUUUACCACCGCAGCUGAUGUCACGGUGCACAUCAGACAAGUGACGCAGGAGAUGUUGAACCAGACCGUGGCCGUCCGCUUUGCCAACCUCACCCCGGAAGAGUUCGUUGGUGACUAUUGGCGCAACUUCCAGCGAGCUUUGCGGAACAUCCUGGGCGUGAGGAGGAGUGACAUUCAGAUCGUUAGCUUGCAGCCCUCCGAGCCUCAUCCGCACCUGGACAUCUUGCUUUUUGUAGAGAAAUCAGGUAGCACCCAGGUCUCAACAAAACAACUUCUGCACAAGAUUAAUUCUUCCGUGACGGAUAUUGAGGAGAUCAGUGGUGUGAGGAUAUUGGAUGUGUUCCAGAAGCUCUGUGCAGGGCUGGAUUGCCCCUGGAGAUUCUGCGACGAAAAGGUGUCCGUGGAUGAAAGUGCGAUGUCAACGCAUAGCACGGCCAGACUGAGCUUUGUGACCCCGCGCCACCGUCGGACAGCUGUGUGUCUCUGCACAGGGGGAAAAUGCCCACUUGUCCAUCAUGGAUGUGAAGACAGUCCAUGCCCUGAAGGAUCUGAAUGUGUCACUGAUCCCAGAGAGGAGACAUACAGCUGCGUCUGUCCAGGUGGCAAGUUUGGCCAGUGCCCAGGGAGUUCAUCCGUAACAUUUACUGGAAACAGCUUUGUGAAAUAUCGUCUAAUGGAAAAUGAAAACAAGUUAGAGAUGAAACUGACCAUGAGGCUGCGAACAUACUCUACCCACGCGGUUGUCAUGUACGCUCGCGGGACUGACUACAGCAUCUUGGAGAUCCACAACGGAAGGCUACAGUACAAAUUCGACUGUGGAAGCGGCCCAGGCAUCGUCUCUGUCCAGAGCAUCCAGGUCAACGAUGGGCUGUGGCACACGGUGUCUCUUGAAGUGAAUGGAAACUAUGCCAGGUUGGUUCUAGACCAAGUCCACACCGCAUCAGGCACAGCCCCGGGGACACUGAAAACCCUCAACCUGGAUAGCCAUGUGUUUUUUGGUGGCCACAUCCGUCAGCAGGGCUCACGGCAUGGAAGAAGCCCCCAGAUUGGCAGUGGUUUCAGGGGUUGUAUGGACUCCAUUUAUCUGAAUGGGCAGGAACUCCCUUUAAAUAACAAACCAAGGAGCUACGUACACAUUGAAGAAUCGGUGGACGUGUCUCCUGGGUGCUUGUUAACAGCUACGGAAGACUGCUCGAGCAGCCCAUGCCAGAACGGAGGCGCCUGCCACCCCUCACCCACUGGAGGUUAUUACUGCAAAUGCAGUGCCUUGUACAUAGGGACCUAUUGUGAAGUGGGCAUCAGUCCGUGUUCCUCCAAUCCCUGCCUGUACGGUGGCACCUGCAUUGUGGACAAUGGAGACUUCCUUUGUCAAUGUAGAGGAUUAUAUACUGGUCAGAGGUGCCAGCUUAGUCCCUACUGCAAAGAUGAACCCUGUAAAAAUGGUGGAACAUGUUUUGACAGUUUGGAUGGUGCUGUCUGUCAGUGUGACUCGGGUUUUAGGGGAGAAAGGUGUCAGAGUGACAUUGACGAAUGUGCUGGCAACCCCUGCCGAAAUGGAGCCCUUUGCGAGAACACACACGGCUCCUACCACUGUAACUGCAGCCGUGAGUACAGAGGAAGACACUGUGAGGACGUCACCCCAAACCAAUACGUGUCGACCCCCUGGGACAUCGGCCUGGCUGAGGGCAUCGGCAUCGUGGUUUUCAUAACGGGCAUCUUCCUACUGGUGCUGCUGUUCAUCUUCUGCCGCAAGAUGAUUAGUCGAAAGAAGAAACACCAGCCCAAACCUGAGGACAAACACUUGGGACCCAGCGCAGCUUUCUUGCAAAGACCAUAUUUUGACUCAAAGCUAAAUAAGAACAUGUACUCCGACAUACCACCCCAGGUGCCUGUCCGUCCUAUCUCCUACACUCCAAGCAUUCCAAGCGACUCUAGAAACAACCUUGACCGAAACUCCUUCGAAGGAUCGGCUAUACCCGAGCACCCCGAAUUCAGCACCUUUAACCCCGAGUCUGUGCACGGACACCGGAAGGCCGUGGCCGUCUGCAGCGUGGCCCCAAACCUGCCUCCGCCGCCUCCUUCAAACUCGCCUUCUGACAGUGACUCAAUCCAGAAGCCGAACUGGGACUUCGACUAUGAUACUAAAGUAGUGGAUCUUGAUCCUUGUCUCUCCAAAAAGCCACUGGAGGAAAAGCCUUCUCAGCCGUACAGUGCCCGGGAGAGCCUGUGUGAAGUGCAGUCCCUGAGCUCCUUCCAGUCGGAGCUGUGUGACGACAACGCUUCCAUAGUGACUGUAAUACACCAUGUCAAUGCUGUAGUUGACACGGUGACUAAAGAAGAGUCUUUUGCUGCUCCUGACCUCAGCAAAUCAAGAGGGUAUCACUGGGAUACAUCAGAUUGGAUGCCAAGUGUUCCUCUGCCAGAUAUACAAGAGUUCCCCAAUUAUGAGGUGAUUGAUGAGCAGACGCCCCUGUACUCAGCAGAUCCAAACGCCAUCGAUACAGACUAUUACCCUGGAGGCUACGACAUCGAGAGUGACUUUCCACCCCCGCCGGAGGACUUCCCCGUGCCUGACGAGCUGCCACCCUUACCUCCAGAAUUCAGUGACCAGUUUGAAUCCAUACACCCUCCCAGAGACAUGCCCGCUGCAGGAAGCCUGGGCUCUUCAUCGAGAAGCCGGCAGAGGUUCAACUUGAAUCAGUAUCUGCCCAAUUUCUAUCCUGCCGAUAUGUCUGAACCUCAGAAAGCAGGCCCUGGUGAGAACAGUGCUCGCAGAGAACCCUACGCCCCUUACCCUCCAGGGUAUCAAAGGAGCUUUGAAGCCUCCACUGUAGAGAACAUGCCCGUGUCCAUGUACGCCUCCACAGCUUCCUGCUCUGACGUGUCUGCGUGCUGUGAAGCCGAGUCUGAGGUCAUGAUGAGUGACUACGAGAGUGGAGAUGAUGGCCACUUCGAAGAGGUGACGAUCCCUCCACUCGAUUCUCAACAGCAUACGGAGGUCUGACGCUCAGACUCCCCGCAAAGUGCCUGAACCGUAAUGAACCUAGAGAUUCUGUCAGUGAUCUCCUGCAUUGAUCUUUGCAGCAGUGCUUAAGAGCUUUUUUCGGUGAGCUGAAACGGGCAUGGCUGCACUGAAUCCCACACCUUGUGACCUGUUAGCCAUUUCCAGCGUCCUAACCUUCUGUCUUUGGAUGAGGUUUACGUCGGCUGUGCCAUUUCUGAGCAUCUUUUUUGUAUUUACAUUUGUCUGUGUUAAAAUAAUAAAAUGAAAAUCAGUCCUACUAUCUUGUUAGCAUGAUACAUGUAUUUAUAUAGAUUUGAUUAUUUUAAUUUUCCUGUCUUUUUUUGUAAAUUUUAUGUACAGAUUUGAUUUUUUCCAGUUUUAACUAGAAUUUCAAGAUACUUUGUGCAUUUGUUUUUGACCGAAUUUUGGUGGUGUUAGUGUCAUUACCUAGCACCCUGAUUUUUUAAUAUAACCAGGGUUUCACUCUGUAUCCUUUUCAACUGAAGUAUGACGUUUCGUUAAUACAUUUCAGUAUAGUCAUUCAUUUCUAUCUGUACAUAGGAUGAGGACAGAUCCCAUACAUGGACAUGUCUUAAAUGGGUUGCUGUAUUUUAGAAUUAUAAAGAUUUUUCAUUAUUGGAAAGUGUAAUGGGGACCUUCUGCAGACUGUUUAGAACCAAAACCACCAUGACACAGUUUUUAUAGUGUCUGUAUAUUUGUGAUGCAAUGGUCUUGUAAAGGUUUUUACUGAAAACUACCAUUAGCCAGUCUUUCUUACAAUAAAUUAUUAAUAAAAUA